GAGAGCUGAAAUGGCGCAGAAAGGAGAUCAGCUCGACCAAGAAACCUUCUCUUGUUCCAUCUGUCUGGAUCUACUGAAGGAUCCGGUGGCUAUUCCCUGUGGACACAGCUACUGCAUGAGCUGUAUUAAAAAACACUGGAAUGAAGAGAAUCAGAGGAAGAUCUACAGCUGCCCUCAGUGCAGACAAACCUUCGCACCGAGGCCUGUCCUGGUGAAAAACACCAUGUUAGUAGCUUUAGUGGAGCAGCUGAAGAAGACUGGACUCCAAGCUGCUCCUGCUGAUCACUGCUAUGCUGGACCUGAAGAUGUGGCCUGUGAUGUCUGCACUGGGAGGAAGCUGAAAGCCCUCACGUCCUGUCUGGUGUGUCUGGCCUCUUACUGUGAGGAACACCUGCAGCCUCACUUUGAAUCAGCUACAUUUAAAAAACACAAGCUGGUCAACCCCUUGGAGAAGCUCCAGGAGAACAUCUGCUCUCGUCAUGAUGAGGUGAUGAAGAUGUUCUGCCGUACUGAUCAGCAGAGUAUCUGUUAUCUCUGCUCUGUAGAGGAACAUAAAGGCCACAACACAGUCUCAGCUGCAGCAGAAAGGACUGAGAGGCAGAGAGAGCUCAAGGUGAGUCGACAAAACAUCCAGCAGAGAAUCCAGGACAGAGAGAAAGAUGUGAAGCUGCUUCAACAGGAGGUGGAGGCCGUCAAUCGCUCUGCUAAUAAAGCAGUGAAGGACAGUGAGAAGAUCUUCACUGAGCUGAUCUGUCUCAUCCAGAAAAGAAGUUCUGAUGUGAAGCAGCAGAUCAGAUCCCAGCAGGAAACUGAAGUGAGACGAGUCAAAGAGCUUCAGGAGAAGCUGGAGCAGGAGAUCACUGAGCUGAAGAGGAGAGACAUAAAAGUGAAGCAGCUCUCACACACAGAGGAUCACAAAGAGUUUCUACACAACUACCCCUCACUGUCACAACUCAGUGCAUCUACAGACUCAUCCAGCAUCAAUAUCCGUCCUCUGAGAUACUUUGAGGAUGUGACAGCAGCUGUGUCAGAGCUCAGAGUUAAACUACAGGACGUCCUGAGGGAGAAAAGGACAAACAUCUCACGGGCAGUGACUGAAGCUUUACUGUCAGAAGCAGAACCCAAGACCAGAGCUGGAUUCUUAAAAUAUUCAUGUGAAAUCACACUGGAUCCAAACACAGCAUACACAUAUUUGUUAUUAUCUGAGGGGAACAGAAAAGCAACAUACAUGAGUCAACCACAGUCUUCUCGUCACCCAGACAGAUUCACUAAUUGGAGUCAGGUCCUGAGUAGAGAGAGUCUGACUGGACGUUGUUACUGGGAGGUGGAGUGGAGAGGGAGAGGAGUUCGUGUAGCAGUCGCAUACAAGAAUAUCAGCAGAGCAAGAAACUCAAAUGAAUGUGGAUUUGGAUUUAAUGACAAAUCUUGGAUGUUAGAUUGUAACACUAACAGUUAUACAUUUUGGUUCAACAACAUCAGAACUCCCGUCUCAGGUCCAUGUUCCUCCAGAGUAGGAGUGUACCUGGAUCACAGAGCAGGUAUUCUGUCCUUCUACAGCAUCUCUGAAACCAUGACUCUCCUCCACAGAGUCCAGACCACAUUCACUCAGCCUCUCUAUGCUGGACUUCGUCCUUAUUAUUAUGGAGUCACAGCUGAGUUGUGUUGUUCAAGUAAAGAAAUCUAUCAGAAAGUAUGCAAUGAGAAAUAUCAAGAGCCGCUCCCGGACGACUGUCCUGAAUCACUGGGAUGUCUGAUCAACGCCUGUCGGACCUAUGAUAGCUUCCAUAGAACAUCAGCUGGAGAUCUACAGUUUGAAGAUGGGCGUAACCAACAUGAAGUGAAACUCAGACAGUCGUUGCCACUGAGAGCUGAAAUGGCACAGAAAGGAGAUCAGCUCGACCGAGAAACCUUCUCUUGUUCCAUCUGUCUGGAUCUACUGAAGGAUCCAGUGGCUAUUCCCUGUGGACACAGCUACUGCAUGAGCUGUAUUAAAAAACACUGGAAUGAAGAGAAUCAGAGGAAGAUCUACAGCUGCCCUCAGUGCAGACAAACCUUCGCACCGAGGCCUGUCCUGGUGAAAAACACCAUGUUAGCAGCUUUAGUGGAGCAGCUGAAGAAGACUGGACUCCAAGCUGCUCCUGCUGAUCACUGCUAUGCUGGACCUGAAGAUGUGGCCUGUGAUGUGUGCACUGGGAGGAAGCUGAAAGCCUUCAAGUCCUGUCUGGUGUGUCUGGCCUCUUACUGUGAGAAACAUCUGCAGCCUCACUUUAAAUCAACUACAUUUAAAAAACACAAGCUGGUCGACCCCUCAGAGAAGCUCCAGGAGAACAUCUGCUCUCGUCAUAAUGAGGUGAUGAAGAUGUUCUGCCGUACUGAUCAGCAGAGUAUCUGUUAUCUCUGCUCUGUGGAGGAACAUAAAGGCCACAACACAGUCUCAGCUGCAGCAGAAAGGACUGAGAGGCAGAGAGAGCUCGAGGUGAGUCGACAAAACAUCCAGCAGAGAAUCCAGGACAGAGAGAAAGAUGUGAAGAUGCUUCAACAGCAGAUGAAGGCCGUCAAUCACUCUGCUAAUAAAGCAGUGAAGGACAGUGAGAAGAUCUUCACUGAGCUGAUCCGUCUCAUCCAGAAAAGAAGUUCUGAUGUGAAGCAGCAGAUCAGAUCCCAGCAGGAAACUGAAGUGAGUCGAGUCAAAGAGCUUCAGGAGAAGCUGAAGCAGGAGAUCACUGAGCUGAAGAGGAAAGACGUUGAACUGAAGCAGCUCUCAUACACAGAGGAUCACAAAGAGUUUCUGCACAACUACCCCUCACUGUCACAACUCAGUGCAUCUACAGACUCAUCCAGCAUCAAUAUCCGUCCUCUAAGAUACUUUGAGGAUGUGACAGCAGCUGUGUCAGAGCUCAGAGUUAAACUACAGGACGUCCUGAGGGAGAAAAGGACAAACAUCUCACAGGCAGUGACUGAAGUUUUACUGUCAGGAGCAGAACCCAAGACCAGAGCUGAAUUCUUAAAAUAUUCACGUGAAAUCACACUGGAUCCAAACACAGCAUACACAUAUUUGUUAUUAUCUGAGGGGAACAGAAAAGCAACAUACAUGAGUCAACCACAGUCUUCUUGUCACCCAGACAGAUUCACUGGAUGGUGUCAGGUCCUGAGUAGACAGAGUCUGACUGGACGUUGUUACUGGGAGGUGGAGUGGAGAGGGGGAGGAGUUCGUGUAGCAGUCGCGUACAAGAAUAUCAGCAGAGCAGGAAACUCAAAUGAAUGUGGAUUUGGAUUUAAUGACAAAUCUUGGAUGUUAGAUUGUAACACUAACAGUUAUAAAUUUUGGUUCAACAACAUCAGAACUCCCGUCUCAGGUCCUGGUUCCUCCAGAGUAGGAGUGUACCUGGAUCACAGAGCAGGUAUUCUGUCCUUCUACAGCGUCUCUGAAACCAUGACUCUCCUCCACAGAGUCCAGACCACAUUCACUCAGCCUCUCUAUGCUGGAUUUUGGCUUUAUUAUGAAGCCACAGCUGAGUUGUGUAAACUCAAAUAGACAGAAGUCAUUUCAGACUUCAUGUGUCAGAUUCUGUUGUA